AAUGAUUCUAAAGACUCCUAAAAUGAAUGGUCAGUUUCUGAAUAGUUACAGCAUAAAUAGAGUAUUUGGGUAUUUACAGUCUAGUCUACAACACUCGUUUUGUGUUGACGAGUUUGUAAAAUCUGAAAGAAAAGUCCAUUAUUGGUUAAAAACACUAAUGGACACUAAAAUAUUUGUGAUUAUGUACAGAAAAUAUGAUGUUUUAAAAUAUCUUCCAAUUAAGGUUGCCUUAAAAUCAGUACAUUUGUUUAUUUUUUAAUAACCCCCUACACUAGCAAAGGAUUCUUUGGUUUUUACCAAAGAUCCAGGCAUAGAACAUGACAGAUUCCAUUUUGCAAAACCUGCAAUAAUUUCCUUUAAUCAAUGACGUAACUUUAAGAGUAACAUGCAAAGUUUACCACAUUGUUAUGUGUCAACCAGCUUCAAAUAGAGAAUUAGGAAAAUAGAUAAAAAUAAGAUAUAUAGAUUAGAAAAGCUAAAAACUGAGGAAACAAAGCACAGUUUGUUAUUUAAAUAAGAUGCAGCAUUUAGAGGUAUUGUUUCAGUUUAACUGCUUGACAACUGAACCAGCUCAAGGAUGCCAUCUUGUGAGAACAAGAUGAAGAACUAGUGCAUGUUAUUAUGGUCAAGUGAGACUGAUGGUGUAGUUCAGCAAUGCCAGCUGUUGUAUCACUCACACUUCAAAAUAAAAUGAAAAGAAAGCCAAAGGCUCACUAUUUUAUUACCCAGACGUAUUACCUAAAAAGAGUAUUUUUUUUUUAAUCCCACCUGAUAACCUAAAGUUAUAGCAUGCUUUCAACAUUGAUUUAUCUUUGUGAGAGAACCAAAACACAUGUUCAGGCAGCACAUGGCUUUUUUUCCCGAUCAAGUCUGCCAUGGGACUGACUGGCUGCAAAGCUUUCAGUUCCACUUGAGCAGGAAAAACCCAGAAUCUGUGGACUAUAUUUAGCAAUCAUGCAGUUUCUAAGGGGAACCAGGCCCUACCAGAACCAUUUCUUCUUGCGUUCCUUCAUUUUAAAUCAACAGAAAGCUAGAUUUUGUUUUUAAGAUGUAUUAGUCUUUGUGUUGCACAGAAACUAUUGGGAAAGAAACAGAAAAGUAAUGGUUUAAAGCCUCUAAAACAGCCUUCAAUACCAUACCAGAAUAAUCCAGGGUUCUUUAUUUUGGGCCUAUUGUACGUUCAUAAACUCAUUUUGUCCUUGGAAAUCAAAGCAUGACAUUCCUUUAUACUUUCAACAUUAAUCAUUAACCACACAGAGCAUUAGCAGGCUCAAUUCAGUACACACUGGCCAGACUAUUUUGAACUGGGUGGUGUAAAUCAAAUAAAGAUAAGGGUUUGACUCCACAUAACUCUCGGCCUCUUUCUAAAUGUAUCGGAUGAUGCAGUUACACAACUGCACUGUUCAACCCACCUUGGUUCAUCAUAUAAACUCACAUCUCACAGUGCUGCAGUGCACACUGCUUCCACUUGUUUGCCACCACAGCAAGUAAACAGCCGACCACAUCCAACGGGAACCAUGCAGUCUGCCGAUGCCAAAUUCAAGAGAAACAGCCUGUUCCUGGCUCUGAGACGAUACAGCUCAGCUGUCAGUGAAAUGGAGCAGACCAUUCUUCUACCAAGCCUGCUGAGAGACAUGCCCUCAGACGAGGUGUGGGACUGUGAAGCUGCAGAAGAGACCUGCAAAGACCUGUACAGCAACUACUUGAUGCUCAAAGCCAUACGGACCACAGUGGAGAGCGGCCUAAUUCCCCUGGACGAUCACAAGGCCAAAAACAACAUAGCACUGAACAAGACCCUGGAGCCUCUCUUGGACACAGAUCCUGAAGCCCUCUUCCGCUUCCACGUGAGAGGACUGUUUUCUGUGAUGAGUGACCUCACCAAGAAGACGCAGACUCUCACUGAGAAAUACAUGGACAUUAUUGGGGUGGCAAAUUAGUCACAAAACCUAAGAUAUGUGGACAUCUGUUUUUAAGAGAGUCAUCUAAGACACCCAAGCAUCGCAAAUGUCUGAAAUGUUUACAUUCAGUGACCCCAGACUUCUAACCUAAUGAAUAAGGAAUAAAUAUGCAUUGUCAAAAUUAA